AAGCAGAACCACCAUCAUCACCACCAUGAAGGUUCUGAUCAUCUUUGCACUACUUUGUGUCACACUCUCUGCUAGGGCAGCAGCAGUUCCUGUGGAGAGCGAUGCUGUGGCGGUAGAAGAGCCAAAAAGUGCCCCAGAGGAGGCUGUUGAGGUUGAGGCUCCUGCAGCAGAGGAGAAGCUGAGUGACGCCGCAGGUGUCUUUUCAGAAGAUGAGAAUGAGGCAGUUGAGGUGGCUGCAGCAGCACCUAACGAUAAAGCGGCUCGCAGGUUCUGCCCUGACGGAUGGUUCAGCUACCAGUCCAAGUGUUACAUGUUUGUGAACACUCCUCGGUCCUGGUUCGGAGCCGAGGAACAUUGCAAUGAACUGGGCGCCAGCCUGGCCUCCGCCAGCUCCUCCCCUGAGUAUCGUUACCUGCAACAGAUAACCAGAACAGCCAACAGAGCCACUGCCUGGAUCGGUGGAUUCUACCUCCAGGGAACUUGGAUGUGGAUCGACCGCUCAGGAAUGUAUUACACCAACUGGUACAGCCAGAGCACCGCAACCAGCAACUCCUGCAUGUACCUGCAAUCUGCUGUGGGCCAGGGCUGGAGGAACCUCGGAUGUGGCACACAAUACCCAUUCAUCUGCGUCCACAACUAUCGCUGUUAGUCAACAUUACGAAGA